GUUCGGAUGCAUUUAUCACUGGACACCAUGAGCAUGGUGGACGACAGCUGCCUCUCGCCCAGCAACUUCCACGAAAUGGGGAAAGGCGGGGGCGCCGCAGUCGGGGGCCGCGUCCACAGCAUCGAUGUCAUCCUGGGCUUCAAUAAAGACCAGGACCCCUUGCUAAGUCCUGCCGGGCCCAUGGGGCCCCAGAAGAUGGGCAUAGAUGGCCUGGGAGAUCACGUGAAGCAGCAGGAGUCCUUGUCCCACCCGUCCUACAGUGGACACCUGAGAAACAGCAGCUCACAGCAGCAGCAGCAGUACCAGGAUGCUGGUUUGUACACAAACAAGAGUGACGAAGAGCUGGGUGAGCUCAGAAAAAAUGUGGAGAGCGAUGAAGGCAAGUCACCUGAGUCAUGCAAGGAUGAUCAACCCAAGAAGAAGCACAGACGCAACCGCACCACCUUCACCACCUACCAGCUGCAUGAGCUGGAGCGCGCCUUUGAGAAGUCCCACUACCCAGACGUCUAUAGCAGGGAGGAGUUGGCCAUGAAGGUGAACCUCCCUGAAGUACGAGUCCAGGUCUGGUUUCAGAACCGCAGAGCUAAAUGGCGUCGGCAGGAAAAAAUGGAUGCCAGCACCAUGAAGCUUCAUGACUCCCCCAUGCUGUCCUUCAAUCGCCCGCCUCCGGUUCACACCAACAUGGGUCAAAUAACCAACUCCCUCCCGUUGGAUCCCUGGCUGACGUCUCCCCUGUCCAGCGCCACACCCGUCCAGUGUAUCCCAGGCUUCAUGGGUCCAGCUCAGGCCCUCCAGCCCAGUUAUCCCAGCCAUGGAUUCCUCAACAGCGCCCCCCAUGCUCCUCACCCGCACGUUCACCCCCAUCCUCCGUCGGGGCAGGGGAUGCAGAGCAUGGCUCCCCCACCUUACCAGUGUCCAGCCCCGUACUCCGAUAAAUUCCCCCUGGAAGACGUGGACCAGCGCAGCUCGAGCAUUGCCGCUCUGAGAAUGAAAGCCAAGGAACACAUCCAGUCCAUGGACAAGACCUGGCAGCCCAUGUGACUAACUGACAGUCCAUGUGAGGGACAAUCCUAGCACAAAACAGACAAUGAAAACUCCUGUCAUGCCUGCUCGGCCACAAAAUGGAAGUGAGACUGAGCUGUGAAAACUGAAGAACAUUUUUGGUACUUUCUUUUCUUUUUAACUUUUUUCUCAUCUCCAAGACUUAAAAGUGAAACCAUGUGUGAGAUAACCAAUCACAUUAUUGGUUAUCUCUUCUACCUGUUGAUGUUUGGUGCCUUGGGUGCAACAAAUUCAGAAAAACCAACUAUGGUCAUCAUAACUUGCACCUAAGAAACUACUGUAAUUCACUGUUUUUAAUUAAACAUGCUUUUUAAAAACUCACAGACAAAUUAAUUCUCACAUUUUAUGAACAUACUUGGGUGUCUUACAAAAGUAUCUACACCUCUUGAACUUGUUUAGAUUUUGUCACGUCGUAGCCAUAAAUUUCAGCAUUUUAUGUUGGGAUUUUAUGUGAUGAGACAAUACAAAGCAAUGAAUAAUGGUGAAGUGGAAAACAAUGCUAAGGGGUUUUAAAGAUUUUUGACACACACACACACACACAAAAGGAGAAGCAUUUGCGUUCCCUAUUAGUUUCCACCAAAACAAAUCUUCCUGGCUACUCAUUGUCUUAAUCUUUCUGGGGUCCAAAUGAUAAAGUAAAAAAAUAUGCAAACAAAACAUAGGAUAAUUAUAACAUUAACAUAAUAUGCACAAAAUUAGUCAGACAUCUCACUUUACAAAUUAUAUACAUUCACCUAGAUUUAAAAAUGAGAUUUCAGGUCUCUAAAAAAAUUAAGUAUUCAAAUAUCUGAUGUUUUUAGGGAAUUUGUCUCAUUCCUGAAUUGCUCUGUAGAUAACAGAUUUUUGUAAAAAGUUUAUUUCAGCACAGUUUAUAAUUAAUUCACCCUCUUUAUGUCAGAACUUUAUGUUUUGAAGUCAAUCUUUACUGGUUUUGCACAUCUGCAGACUGAAAUUUUUGCCCUUUCUUUUUUUACAUAAAAGCUCAAGCUCAGUCAGAAAGGCUGUCAAGUCUUGCUACAUAUUUUGAAUGGGAUUUAGGUGUGGGCUUUGACUGGGCCAUUUUAACACUAGAAUAGUGUUGAAUAGUGUUUUAUCUGAACCAUGCCAUUGUAUCUCUGGUCCAAAUGUUUAGAGUUGUCGUGUUGGAAGAUGAACCUCCGCCCUCUUGGUCUUUUGCAGCCCUAACAAGUUUUCUUUAUGGAUUCGACUGUAUUUAGCUCCAUCCAUUUUCCUCAACUCUCAUCAUCUAUCACAUUUCACCAUGCGACGGUGUGUUCUGGGUAAUGUGCAAUGUUAGCUUUUAGCUCACAUGAUAUUUUGCAUCUAGGCCAAAGAUUUCAGUUUUGGUCUAAACAGAACAUCUUCUUAUACAUGUUUGCUCUGCUCAUUACACCACCAUGUCCCAAAGUAUAUUAGUAGAAAAAAUUUACGCGACACUUCUUUCGUUU